AUGAUGCCCCUCAGCAUCCCAGGCGGGCGCACGGCGAGUCCAGCGAGCACACGCAGCCCGUCCAGACGCUCGUCAGACUCGUCAGGGCCGCCCCUCGUCUCGUCGACCUCUCCGCCGUCCAUCCCUCACCUCCCGCCCUCGCCGCGAACUGCCAGACCUGGCUCGUCCAUCCUCCUCAACCCGCUCGCGCCCAGAUCUCCACCCGCCCCAUCGACGAGCACUCUCGCACGUGCACUCCCAGGGAAACGCCGCCCGUCCGUCGUCGUCCAGGUCGUCCACUCGCCUCCACCUCCAGGCUACUUCUCGUCCUCGAACGACCCGUACUCGUCUUCCCCGCCGAGGACAGACGUGCCCUACCAACACCACGGCUUGCGUUCUCGCUCCGUCUCGCCCGACCACACGCCCCAACUCGCCGACUCGCCCGAGCGCCAGCCCCAGCCCGCUCUGGACAUCCCCACCUCUUCCCUGAGCCCCUCGUCCUCGAGCAAACUCGACCUCGCGCGCUCACCUGGCUCGUCCUCGAUCCUCACGAGCUCGUCGAGGGACUCGGCGUACUCGGCGGGCGGGACGAGCGUCAAGUUUGCGCCGCUCCCGCCUGGACGGAGGGCGCACAGGAGCAACUCGCUCAGCAUCGGGGUCGCCAGUCGAGCCAAGAUGAUCUCGGCGCAGGGCGGCACUCCCAACAUGCGGGGCGCAAAGUAUGCAGGCCCGCUGCAGUGGUACGAAGGCGGCCCUCUCCCCGAAGACGUCUACUCGUGGCGCGACGCCCAGAAAGGCAUCACCAAGCUGUUCAAACGCGUCAAGCCCGGCUCGUCCUCGAAAGCGUCCACUUCCUCCGCCUCUUCAACGGGGUCCGCCUCGCCGCUCUCGUCUCCGACUGGAUCGUUCCAGCCUCUGCCUGGUACAGACCAGCGCGGGAGGAGCAUGAGUACGUCGUCGAGUGGGACGGGGAUCAGUUCGAGUAGUGACGCGGACGAGGCGAAGAGGAUGGAGCGCGAGGCCAAGGGCAAGAGUCGGGAGAUUGAGCAUAUCGAGGAGGCGCUGGAGGAGGAUGUGGAGGAUGCCGAGGUCGAGCCGGAGCGGGAGGACGUGCCUGCGACUGUUCCGGACGAGGAGGAUGAGGAAGAGGACGAGCGGGGAGAGGACGGAGGCGGGUUGAGCGAGGACGAGGGCACGACCGCGAGCGAGUUGACUGCUCCGCGGACGCCGCCUGAGGGCUUGAACGUCGUCAUUGACGAGGACCUCGACGUUGAGCGGCGGCGAGUCCUCAAGGGAAAGGGAAAGGCGGUCGACGACGGCGAGCAUGGCGAAGUCCGCGUCGCCUCGUGA